AGACAUCUGGCAUCGAAUCACCAUGCAGGAGACCAUAACGCAUUUUGUUGCUACGCCUUGUCAUUGAAGGAUGGCCUGGACGCCACCGACGCGCUUUAACUGAAAUAGACGGCCCUCGCAGAUAGUAACGCUCAUCUCAGAUACACUUUCCAAUCCACAUCAACUACUUUCGACUUCUUUCGGCGAUACAUCGUCUAGCAGCCGGACUCAUGGCGGGUCUCGAAGAGGCCGGCCUCACAAUCUACACUGUACGAUCAGGGGACUUCUUUCCAACAACGGAUAUAGCCCAUCCAUACCCCCCGCUCCCAUCUUCGUUCACAUUUGCGUCGACAUGUACCGAUCGGUGGAUCAUCAGGGAUCCGUUGACCCCCACAGUCCUCACCAACCCCGUUCCCACAUCCUGCCUACCUCAUAAUACCCGGCCCGUCAACAGCCCGGGCACAUGUAUUAGCAAUUACCAUAUGGUUGCACUGGCCGAGUACAGAACUACAGGUUGGACGUCAGGGGGUUUACGCGCAUGGGGUGCUGUCUGUUGUAGGGACGAGUUUUUGGCGUCAGACGCGACAGCGAGCGCUUGCAGUUCCAGCUUCAGCACACCUGUCACUGCGCUGUAUCCUUCUGAUGCCUACCCCUCUCUCAUCAGCGAUCCAGCUGGAACAGAGCCAAGAGAGUUAAGCAGGGGAGUUCAGUUGAUGACCCCAAUGAUCGUCUACUGGCAAGAAACGGAUCUUUUGCACUUCGAUCCUGGAUAUGCGGCGACACUAGCCGCAAGACUAGACAUCGACUUUACACCGACAGCCACGUUCGAAACGGCAUCCCCGUCAGACCGGAGUCAAUUCACUUCAGCUACUUCUCCGGCGGACGAUGGCGGCGAAAGGUCAUCCAAAUCGGAUCUCAGUAUCGCCGCAAAGGCAGGCAUAGGCGUGGGCAUCGCCGUCGCAGGCAUAAUAAUGGUUGUCGCCGGACUCGUACUGUACAGGAGACACUUUCGCAAGAAGGCGAGGCUCGGUCCUAAAUCUGCUUUACAAAACGAACAACCUGAACUCGUUCAAACACGCGCUGCGUAGCUUCUUCUGAUUGACGGCGAGUUGAUCCGAAGACUUGCAAGUCCAUACAUCGAGAUAAUGCAGCUACAAGUGGUAGUUCUCUUUUCAGUAUUGCUAGUCCCAUAUUACAGCACUCUUAGCUGUUCGAAAUCUGAGCCGCAUUUGCCUUGAC